GCCCAUCUCGACGGGCGGCGGUGACGGCGGUCGGCGCUGCCACCGCCGUCGACGUCGUGCGCCGCCUGCCACUCGCAGUCCGUCGCGCACACCGUGUCCAACCGCGCCGCAACGCAUCGUCGCACGCACACGCAAGCGCGCUCAACGAUUUAAUAUUAUUUUAUGAUAAUAAUUAUUAUAUACUGUUAUUGGUAUACUCUCAACGUGCGGACGCGGAACAUAACGUAAAUAAGAACGAUUGUCAAAAUAUUGUAAAAUUAUCGUCACCGUCGUCGUCGUUGUCGUUUCGUGCGGAGAUUUCCUUCAUCACACUGCGCACCUCGGUCGUGGAUUCGAUGCGACGAAACGGAACCGCAACUACAGUCGUCGCCGUGGUCCCCGAAAUGCGCCGGUCGCGUUGUUAAUACCGCUUGCACACAUAACUACGGCAGGAUCACCUGUAUAAAAUAGGUACAUUCACGGAUUUAAAAACCAUCGUGAUCGCUCGUUCAUCGCGACUUUAAUAUUAUAUAUACUGUCCGUCGAGAUUUAGUGUUUGAAGUUUUUUUUUUCGCUCGUCCAAAGGCGGUCAUCUGAUCGUAAAUCGUCGCCUAGGCGCCAACAUGGUCGACGAGACCAAGUGCAGUUCGGUCGAGGACGGCACGACCACGGACGAGGAUCGGGACGUCCGCGUCGAUUCCGGCGGAUCGGACGAGGAGCUGUGCAUGGACGAAGAGGACGAGGACGAUGUGUCGUCGCCAACCUCGGCGGCGCCCGGCGCCCUGACGUUCGGCAUAUCUCGUCUGUUGGCCGGCGGCGGCGGUGGACGCGGUGCAGAUGAUCUAGCGUCCAAACGUUCGGCGUCCUGCACUGGCAUGGCCGCAGCCGCCGUGUCCGGCCCCGCAGAGGCGCUCGCCUCGCUGUACGCGGCCGGGCACCACCAUGCGGCCGUGUUCGGCCUUCACCACCACCUGCACCAACAACAACACAUGGCUGCCGCUGCGGCCGCUGCGCACCAAGCAGCCGCUGCAGCCGCCGCUGCGGCCAACAAGCCAAACGACGACAAGUCGUACCUGCAGUACUCUGGAGCAGCGGGCGUCAUCAAGGUCCCAGCACAUCGGCCGCACCCGUCCAACGGCGGCGGUGGCGCGCCAGGUCCGAUGCAGUCACCUUGGGCCGCGGCCGCGGCCAUCGACCCUGUGUCAUUCAUGCAGCGCAACGCUUUCCUGUUCGCCGCCGACAAGAACCGACUGGCAGCUGGUUGUGCUGGUGGGCUUCUGGGCACCCGACGCAUCGGACAUCCGUACCAGAACCGGACGCCACCCAAGAGGAAAAAGCCGCGCACUUCGUUCACGCGCAGUCAGAUUUCACAGCUCGAGGAGAAGUUCAACAAGCACAGAUACCUGUCAUCGGUUGACCGCGCAGCCCUAGCGAAAGCGCUCAAGAUGACCGACGCGCAGGUCAAAACGUGGUUCCAGAACAGACGCACCAAAUGGCGACGUCACAUGAUGGAGGAACGGGAAGCUCAGAGGCAGAUGGCCACGAAAAUGAUGCAGUCCAUGAUGGACGACCGAGACGGCGGCGUGCGUCUGGGAGCGCUGCAGGGCCUGCAGGCCUGGUCUCCGGCCGCCAUGUCGCCCGGCGGCGGCGGGCCCGGCGGCGUCGGCGGAUCACCGGUCGCGCCGCAACCGCCACCAGGUCACUUUGGCCUGUCGCAGCCUCCGGUCGUCGCCCAUGUGCUGAACGCACCUGUAGGGACCGCGCGCGGCGGUCUUCGUUUUUCGUCGUCGUCGUCGUCGUCGUCGUCGUCGUCGCGAUCACGUGUACUCAAAUUCCUAAGUCCUCGCGACACGCUCCGUACUGAUAUUAUUAAAUAAUAAUAAUAUUAUCGUGUUCCGCUGAGGUCUGUUGUAAUACGCCUAGGCUGCGGACUUCGUGACGCGCUACUAAUGCGUGCGUGCACCAAGUGGUCGUACCGAUAUUGAGUCGGACGAAUGCAAUUCAUAUUUUAUACGUUGAACAAUAUUUUACGUACAAGCGUGUGAUAGUAAUUUAGUCAUUUUAUCAUAAUACAUUACCUUUAUCGAAACCGUGUACAGAGAUUCGUAUUUUUAUGCCACUUGUCUGUGAUGAUUAUUGUAUUAUAUGCGUCGCACAUCGCACAAACUAUAUUAGGUACGAUAUAUAUGCGUUCGUGGCGAAUCUCGAUAUCUCGGGAAGUACAAGGAAUUUUUAAUCCUCAGAACAAAUAUCCACUGAUAAUUAUAAUAAUGUGGAAAAAUUCAAAAAUGUAAAUCGGUUUGUUUUUAAACGUUACGAAAAAAAAAUACACGUUUAAAGUUUAAAUAAACAUAAAAAAAAAUCCUUUUACUUCCAGAGAUGUGAUAAAAAAUAAUGAUCACUCUGUAUAAUAUGUACAUAUUAUUAUAUGUAUAUUGUGUUGCGUUCGAGUUGGUGUGGUGUGGAUCUUAUGUGCAGCCGUUUUGCUUCCAACGAAUCAUCUGCCAAUAAGACCCAAAAACCGUAAACCCUACGUCAUCUGAUAUGCGUAUGUAUGUAUGUAUGUAUGUGUUUUAUACGGAGUACGUGAUAGCAGGCAUAAUAUUGCAUUGUAUCAUCGCGUUGAUUCUUUUUCUAUAAUUGUUAUUGUGCAGUGCACGUCGUAUAUAGUUUAUAGUCAUCAUAGAUAAUGACGUAUAAUAAUAUAGGAGGUAUAGGUAGGUAAUAUUAUUAUCGUUCUCUUUUCGUACACACCGUGCAUACGCCAUUAUUUUAUGUACUUGUACAUUUUUAAUUUAAAUAAUAUAUUUACUGAAACCUUUAUAGCGUUAAAAUAAAACAUUUUAUCUCACAUAUUAUUAUCAUGUGUCCCCUACAUGCUAUUCAUAUUAUUAUUAUUGUAACUAUUUUUAUUAUUAGUAGUACUUGGGUAUCAUUAUUGGAUGUAUACACAAAAGUAGUGCAUCCCGAAAGUUUGGAAACCUACCAUUAGCCAUGUUGUCAGUGAAAGUGUUGGUGGUUAUAUUGUGGAAGGGGGGUGCAUGAUUGAGAUCUAGGCCAUUUUCGAAGAUGACAUAAUAAAAUACAGCUUUACAUGUAGAGGUCGGGACAUCAUAUCCUAGAGCAGUAUGGUAAGUGAUUCCGGUUGCUAUAUUUAAACAUUAUAUACAGUUAUACAGAGGGAGGGUUUAAGACUUUUGGGCUAGCUCAUUCAUACCUAUACAUAUUAUAAUCAAGUAGUAAUAGUGUUAAUACAUUUCGGAAAACCGCUGAAGGAAAAUAAAAUGAAAUCUAAUAUGGAUCAAACCAAUAAUUUUGAAUUCAAAUCACGAAACUAUAUGUGUUUAAGGGACCAACGCAGACCCUAUAUUAUGUAUCAUAAUGCUUAAGGAUUUUUUUUAUUUUAAAGCUACAAGUAUACAACUAUGAUAACUUAACAACUACAUAAAAUGUGGAUGGUUAUUUCAAACAUUCGCGAUGUACUCCGUAACCCGUAUAUAAGGGAUGGGUAGAUAAAUAUCAACCUAAUUAUUUAAAUUUAAUGUUAUUAGGAUAAUAAUUUAUUCCAAUAAUGUACUAUAACCUGUCGUGUCAGACUCGUGCGAUGAUAGUAAAAUAAUGGUAAUAAUAAUAAUAGUAGGUAUGCAUGUUUGAGUAUUUUUUUGGGAAACUGUCAAUGCAUAUAAUAUGAUAUAGUAAUAAAAUGAUUAUUAUUUUGUACAGGUAGCCGCAUGACAUUAUAUAUUAUACACAAUAUGACGCAUAAAGGUAUCACUCAUUAUUACGGUCGUAAUAUUAUUAUUAUUAUCGAUAAAGUACCUUAUAAUAUUAGUUAUUAUAUUAUUAUGUAUAUAUAUAGAUAAUAUUAUUAUUCAUGUAAAUUGUAAAUUUUUAUUUGUAAUUUGUACUCGUGCAAUGUUAGAUAUUAUAUUAUAUAGUUAUAUUAUUAUACAUAGCGAAUAAAAGUGGCAUUACGCAAAUAAGUAUAUUAUAUAUUAUGUUUCGUUUUUAAGAAGUUCUCACAAUGUAGUACUGUACAUAUAAAUAUAAAUCAUGUAUAUAGAUAAUAAAAACACACUGUAUAGAUAUAAUAGCUUAGAUACGCGAUGAAUGGACGAAAAAAAAAAAUCAACAUUUCAAUAUUGUUUAGCUAUAAUUACUCUUAAU